UGAAAAAUAAUGAUUUAGGCAAAACCAAGGGUUUGGAUCUUGAAACUCGAAAUGGAGAAAGAAAAAAAAGGAGACCGAUAAUCUCUGUAGACCCAAACCCGAUCUUCCUUCCAAAAACUCCUUCAAAGAACACAUCUUUGUUUCUCGAUCUCCAAUUACAGAUGAUUACUUUCGAUUUUUCUCCAACCCCUUUUCCCUUUUCGUUCUCUUCAUGAUUCUUGUCGAUCUCUGAUCUGGGUCUUACCAUUCUCUUCUAACAAUAAGAUUUGGAAGAGUAUAACGAUUUUUUUUCUCUCUCUCCGUUUUGUAUUUGAAGUUUGCGAGAUGGGGACUGUUGAAGAAGCAGCUUCCAUUGCUUCUCAUGAUUCUGAAGUAUCCAAACUACGUAGACAGCAGAAACAAGAACUUGAAAAUUUGACAUUGGUGAAUCAACCAUUCAAAACAUUGAAGUUUUUCAUUUUGGGUGUUCUUCAAUAUAGUAAACGCUCGAUAGCAUACAUUUUAGCGAAAGGUGGUUGGCUUUUGCUUUUAAACUUGAUUAUUGGUGCAGCUGGGAUUCUGAUUUUGACUAUUGAAGGGCCACAUGAGAAGCAUGUUGAGGAGAUUGUGAAAUACUUUGACUAUGGCUUGUGGUGGGUGAUCCUUGGAGUUGCAUCCUCAAUUGGCCUUGGGUCUGGUCUGCAUACGUUUGUCCUUUAUCUGGGGCCUCAUAUUGGGUUUUUCACAAUAAAGGCAGUGCAGUGUGGUCGAGUGGACUUGAAGAGUGCCACCUAUGACACAAUACAAUUGAAAAGAGGCCCUUCAUGGCUCGAGAAGGAUUGUUCAGAAUUUGGACCUCCACUUUUCACAUCACGAGUCCCACUCAGCAGCAUAUUGCCAAUGGUUCAGGUGGAGGCAAUUCUGUGGGGUAUUGGGACUGCACUAGGAGAGCUUCCUCCUUAUUUUAUCUCAAGGGCAGCACGCCUCUCUGGUGCCAGAUCAGAAGCAAUGGAAGAACUCGAUGCCUCUUCAAGGGAAAGUAAUGGUUUCAUUCCAACAUAUCUAAAUAGAAUGAAGCGGUGGUUCCUUUCACAUGCUCAGCAUUUGAAUUUUCUUACUAUUCUACUGCUUGCUUCGGUUCCAAAUCCUUUGUUUGACUUGGCUGGCAUUAUGUGUGGACAAUUUGGAAUUCCUUUCUGGGAAUUCUUCUUUGCUACACUAGUUGGAAAAGCAAUUAUCAAAACUCACAUUCAGACCAUUUUCAUCAUUGCCGUUUGUAACAAUCAACUUCUUGAUUGGAUAGAAAACGAAUUAAUAUGGAUACUUAGCUUUGUGCCUGGAUUUUCAUCUGCCUUGCCUGGUUUGGUCGCCAAGCUCAAUGCAAUCAAAGCUAAGUAUCUAAAAGCACCAUCUCACGCAAUCACCACCAAUCCCAAGGUCAAGAAAUGGGAUUUCUCGGUUUCUUCAAUCUGGAACACUAUAGUAUGGCUCAUGAUCAUGAACUUCUCUAUAAAGAUUAUGACUUCAACUGCCCAAAGGUACUUGAAGAAACAACAAGACAAGGAGCUGGCUGCAUUGACGAACAAAGUUCCUGCAUCGACAUGCUCAAAUUAACCGAAUCUAAUGUUGUCUCUUUCGUUACUCAUAAAUUUACUGAGAUUUAGCAUCAGUCGUAUUGAUUUGAGUAAUGGAGAAUAUAUGUCUGGAGAGAAACAUUGAUUUAGAAAGCUGUAUAGAAUAGGAAGGGCAUUUUGGAGAACAGCAAAAAGGGACAAGGUUAAUAUGAUAAAAUGUAGGCUAUCAUAAACCCAGUUGUGAUUGGGGGGGAGGAAACCAUUAUUUUGGGUAAUUAUAUUGAUUUGCCCACUUUUAGUUAACCAUUGGAAAGAUACAUUAUUAUUCUUUCUUUAUCCCAGACAUACUUUGACUCAUUACUUGAA